AAGUACUGCACUUCAGAAACCAAGAACAGAAAUAGAAAUAGAAAUUAUGGCAAAUUACAUUUUAGUACAAUGACGGGGGUUUAGGGUUUAGGGUUUUUCUUUGGUAGUCUCUCUACAGCGUCAUUUCUCCGUCGCCUACACCACCGAUCGAGGAAGUGAAGAGAAGAAGAUGUGGUAUCUCUGUGUGUUCUACCACAGAUUAUUAGACUACAGGAAGCCAGAAGUGGAAUCUCUUGCGCAGCUGUUCGGAGUGUCCGGAGACCACAUCGAGUGGAGGCUACCCGAAAGCCACCACCAUGACUCCCCUUUCCACUUCGUCAAUCUCCCAUCCGAAGAUGUCGCUGCAAAGGUCGCUAAUCGAAGUAUUCUUGUGAAGGGAAUAUAUGAACUUUGGGGAGAAGGCAAUAGCUAUGGGGAACUGGAAGAUGCUAUAAGAAGCUAUCCAGAUGAACGCAAGUUGCCAUACGUGAAUUCUGAAAGUACUUUCAAGAUCACCGUUGACAGCUUUGGAAAGGUCAUGAGCUUUCAGGAGCAAAAUGAAAGAAUUAAAUCUCUUGCAUACAUUCCCUUCAAGGGUCGGGUUAAUUUAAAAACUCCAGAUCACAAGUUUUAUAUUAUAGAAACUGAUGAUUAUGGAUCUAGUAAUGGGCUCCCACCAGUUGUCCAAAGGAGAAUCUUUUUUGGUCGGGAGGUUGGUGGUGCUGACAGAAGGUUAUUACCGACAUACCAGUUGAAAAGCCGCACUUAUCUUGGCCCAACCGCUAUGGAUGCUGAAAUGGCUUUUUUAAUGGCCAACCAAGCGCUGGCUGCCAAGGGAAAAUUUGUCUAUGACCCAUUCGUCGGUACUGGGAGUAUUCUUGUUGCAGCAGCUCACUUUGGAGCUAUGACAAUGGGUGCGGAUAUUGACAUCAGGGUGGUACGUGAUGGACGUGGACCUGAUUGUAAUGUUUGGAGCAAUUUCAAGCAGUAUGGAUUACCAGCUCCGCUGGCACUCUUAAGGGCAGACAAUAACCUUCCUCCAUGGCGUUCUGGUAUGAAAGAGGUUUUUGAUGCCAUAAUCUGUGACCCUCCUUAUGGAGUUCGAGCUGGGGGGCGUAAAUCUGGUGGCCGAAAAUUGCUGAAGGGGGUUGUGGAACCUUACACUGUUCCAGAUGACAAGAGAACGGACCACAUACCAUCAACUGCAGCAUAUAGCUUAGUUGAGUGUAUACAUGAUUUGUUCGACCUAGCUGCUAGGAUGCUAGUAUUGGGUGGCAGGCUUGUAUUCUUUUACCCAGAACUAAGACAAGAUGAUUCCAAGGAAGACCACUACCCGGAGCACCCAUGUUUCAGACUAAUUGCAUCAUCUGAACAGAUCUUAAGCUCACGUUAUAGCCGUGUAUUACUGACCAUGGUAAAGCUGUGUCCAUACACGGAUGAUAUUGCAGAGGCAGCUAGGAUAAAACAUUUAGAUUUUAAGGAGAACCAUCUAAAGUGGUUAGAAGAUGGGAAUCUUCAUUCUUCUGUUCUCAGUCCAGCUGAUACCCAGUCAAUUGCAUCAGGUGAUUCCAAUUCGAAGCCUAAAUACAGAGGAAAAUAUGUUUAGUGUUUGUAGUAGGUGACUAAGCUUUGCCAAUGGUAUCUAUUGGCAGAGGGUAGUUUUUGUCUGGGUGUUUUGGUUGUGGGGAGAGGAAUACCUAGGGGAGUUUUAUUAUUUGUUGUCCCCUGCAUUUGUCUUUUGUAACUGGGAAAUAUUUGAUGACAAUGAAGUUGAGUUGGAUAAUGAGUUUUAGUUA